AUGUCCUCGUCUCCUUCUCCUUCUCCUUUUUCUUCGCUGGGGCCCCGCGGGCCUCGGCCCCCCGCCGUGCCUCCCCUGCAGGAGCUGCCCGACCUGAGCCACCUGACCGAAGAGGAGCGGAACAUCAUUAUGGCUGUGAUGGACCGCCAGAAAGAAGAGGAAGAGAAAGAGGAGGCCAUGCUGAAAAGAUUACACCAACAAUUUGAAAGUUACAAAGAGCAAGUACGAAAAAUAGGUGAGGAAUCCCGUCGUCAUCAAGGAGAACACAAAGAUGAUGCACCCACGUGUGGGAUCUGUCACAAAACUAAGUUUGCUGAUGGUUGCGGCCAUUUAUGCUCAUACUGCCGGACAAAGUUUUGUGCCAGAUGUGGAGGUCGUGUUUCCCUACGAACAAACAAUGAGGAUAAAGUGGACAGGAAUAAUGUAUCCGCUAGCCACGGACCACUGUUGGAAGGGCCAGAGACAGUUAUGUGGGUAUGCAACUUAUGCCGGAAGCAACAAGAGAUCCUAACUAAAUCCGGAGCAUGGUUUUUCGGGAGUGGUCCACAACAGCCAUCCAGUCACGAUGGUACGCUGAGUGACACAGCUACUGGUGCUGGUUCAGAAUCUCCUAGAGAAAAGAAAGCUCGGCUUCAGGAACGGUCACGAUCUCAAAUACCCCUAAACACAGCAGACGUAACUUCACAAGAAAUAUCCGGUGUGCAAGCAAACAGAAGGAAAGCCCCAGAAGUGUCACCACAAACUAUGGGCUCGGAACAGAAACAAAGUGCUUCGAGAUCUAGAAGUGAACCCCCAAGAGAGAGGAAGAAGAUACCCACCGCGUUUGAGCAAAAUGGGAAAGGAGGUGUGAAAGCUGAGCGAAAACGUGUGCCAAAGUCUUCACUGCAGCAGAGUGAAGGACAAACAGACGAGAAGGGAAGUAAAGAAAGGCGUGAUGGGAGAAGAUUAGAGAAAGGGAGGUCUCAAGACUACUCCGACUUCCCUCCCCAUUUCGAGGAAGGCAAGACAGUUAAUGAAGAAAAACAGAGGAAAGAAGAUGAAUAUACCCGAUAUAGAAGCGAUCCCAAUCUUGCAAGGUACCCUGUGAAACCCCACCCGGAAGAGCAGCAGAUGCGCAUGCAUGCAAAAGUUUCCAAAGUGCGGCACGAGAGAAGACACAGCGAUGUUGCCUUGCCUCACACUGAAGUUGAGGAGCCCGAGGUGCCUGAGAAUAACCUUGGAAAGCAUUCCCAGUUGCAAGGAACUCAGGAUAUGAAAUCCCAUGUAGAUGCCCAGAGGACAUAUCCAAUAGAAAGAGCAGGCGAUGUCAGGAUUUCUGUUUCUAAACAAUUGAUUUCUCAUACCCCAUCAUCGCCUCGCCACAGCAUGGUUCUUACGGAACAUUUGGAAUCCAAAAAUCACGAUUCCUUCAAAGCACAAACUCGCUUAGAUCCCAGCUCUGCCAUUCUCAGCCGGAAAGCAAAGCGGGAGAAAAUAGAAACCAUGCUAAGGAACGAUUCCCUUAGUUCUGAUCAGUCAGAAUCAGUGAGACCCUCCCCCCCAAAACCUCAUAGAUCAAAACGCGGCGGGAAAAAAAGGCAGAUGUCCGUCAGCAGCUCGGAGGAAGAAGGAGCAUCAACUCCUGAAUAUACCAGCUGCGAUGAUGUGGAAAUAGAAAGUGAAAGUGUCAGUGAAAAAGGUGACUUGGAUUAUUACUGGUUGGAUCCUGCCACAUGGCACACUAGAGAUACAUCCCCUAUUAGCUCGCAUCCUGUAACUUGGCAACCAUCUAAAGAGGGAGAUCGGCUAAUUGGGCGUGUUAUUCUCAACAAAAGAACAACUAUGCCAAAAGAAUCAGGUGCAUUACUGGGACUCAAAGUUGUAGGAGGAAAAAUGACCGAUUUCGGACGACUUGGUGCCUUCAUUACCAAAGUAAAGAAAGGUAGCUUGGCUGAUGUGGUGGGACAUCUAAGAGCAGGUGAUGAAGUUCUAGAGUGGAAUGGUAAACCACUUCCUGGAGCUACAAAUGAAGAAGUUUACAAUAUUAUUUUAGAAUCCAAAUCAGAACCUCAAGUUGAAAUUAUUGUUUCAAGGCCUAUUGGUGACAUUCCAAGGAUUCCUGAAACUUCUCAUCCUCCACUAGAGUCCAGUUCUAGCUCAUUUGAAUCUCAAAAAAUGGAACGGCCUUCAAUUUCUGUUAUUUCCCCUACUAGCCCCGGAGCUUUAAAAGAUGCACCACAAGUCCUACCUGGGCAGCUGUCGGUUAAACUAUGGUAUGAUAAAGUGGGGCAUCAGUUAAUAGUGAAUGUUCUUCAAGCAACAGAUCUGCCACCUAGAUUAGAUGGACGACCAAGAAACCCAUAUGUGAAAAUGUACUUCCUUCCAGAUAGAAGGUAUGAUAAGAGCAAAAGAAGGACAAAAACAGUAAAGAAAAGCUUAGAACCCAAAUGGAACCAAACCUUUCUCUAUUCGCAUGUGCACCGUAAGGAUUUUAGAGAACGGAUGCUAGAAAUCACUGUUUGGGAUCAGCCAAGAGUUCAAGAAGAAGAAAGUGACUUUCUCGGAGAGAUUCUCAUAGAGUUAGAGACUGCGCUUUUAGAUGACGAUCCACAUUGGUAUAAGCUGCAGACCCAUGAUGAAUCCUCGCUACCUCUUCCUCAGCCAUCACCUUUCAUGCCAAGGAGACAUGUCCAUAGCGGAGAAAAUUCCAGCAAAAAAUUACAAAGAUCUCAGCGAAUCAGUGAUAGUGACAUCUCAGAUAAUGAGGUUGAUGAUGGUAUUGGAGUAGUUCCUUCAGUAGGCUAUAGGUCUAGCAGUAGAGAAAGUAAAUCUGCAACAUUAACUGUGCCAGAACAGCAAAGAACAACUCAUCAUCGUUCACGAUCUGUAUCUCCUCACCGUGGUGACGAUCAGGGCAGGACCCGUUCGCGUUUACCAAAUGUGCCAUUACAGAGGAGUUUAGAUGAAAUUCAUCAAAUGAGAAGAUCACGUUCUCCAACUAGACACCAUGAUGCCUCCCGAAGCCCAGUUGACCGCAGACCCAGAGAUAUGGAUAAUCAGUAUUUAUCAGAUCAAGAAGGUGAGCUUCUUAUGCUGCCCAGGGCAAAACGAGGAAGAAGUGCAGAGUGCCUACAUACAUCCAGUGAACUGCAGCCCUCGCUUGACAGGGCUAGAAGUGCUAGUACUAACUGCUUGAAGCCUGAUACUAGUUUGCAUUCACCAGAACAAGAAAGAAAUAGAUGGUCCCCCUCACUAGAUAGAAGACCCACUAGUCCCCGGAUUCAUAUCCAACAUGCACCUCCGGAGGAUGACAGAACAACAGUGCCGGAGUCUUGCAAUCCAAAACAAGACAAUUUAAACUUCCUAAGUGCUAACCCAGAAGAUAUACAGAGGCACCCCAGAAAGGUGGAAAGAUAUAGCACCCAAAAACAGAUUAGAAAAAGCUCUGCCUCAGAAACAGAAAGAAUGCGCCAACCGGGAAGUCCCAUGCAGUCAUCUCCAGCAGAUACAUCCUUCAGCCGUAAGGGGAGACAGCUUCCACAAGUUCCCAUCAGGAGUGGCAGUACAGAGCAAGAACAAGAGACUUAUAGUUCAUCAUCCAAAGCAAAUUUAGUAGUGGAGGAGCGAACAAGACAGAUGAAAAUGAAAAUGCACCGGUACAAUCAGACAACAGGGUGUGGUUCUAGUCAAGAACUUGAACAUGAGCAAUAUACUAAGUAUAAUAUACAAACCGAUCAGUACAGAAGUUGUGAUAAUGUCUCUGCCAAGUCAUCAGAUAGUGAUGUCAGCGAUGUGUCAGCUAUUUCCCGCACCAGCAGUGCCUCUCGCCUCAGCAGCACAAGUUUUAUGUCAGAGCAAUCCGAGCAUCCAAGAGGCAGAAUCAGAUCAAAAUCCUUAGAGAACUGCAAAGUUGAUGGCAAAAAAGGCAGGAGGAUUUCAUGGGAAUUAGAUGACAAGACGGGGCACAGUGAAAAAAAAAAGAAUGUGGAAGACAAGAAAAGAAGGCAUACUGUUGCUGACAUGAGUACGUUUACUUCUAAAAUGCAAGGCGGAAGGAUGGGCACUUCAGGGAGAAUCAUCACAAAGAGCACAAGCGUGAGUGGAGAAGUAUAUAAGUUGGAACAGAAUGAUGGGAGUCAAUCAGAUACCGCAGUUGGGACAGUCGGAACAGGUGGGAAGAAGAGAAGAUCAAGCCUUAGUGCCAAAGUGGUUGCCAUGGUAUCUCGCAGAAGCAGAAGCACAUCCCAGCUUAGCCAAACAGAGACUGGCAACAAGAAACUGAAAAGCACCAUACAAAGAAGCACAGAGACAGGAAUGGCAGCAGAAAUGAGAAGUCGCAUGGUCCGGCAGCCCAGCCGGGAGUCAACUGAUGGUAGUAUCAACAGUUACAGCUCAGAAGGAAAUCUAAUAUUUCCUGGAGUUCGACUGGGUGCUGAUAGUCAGUUCAGUGAUUUUCUCGAUGGGCUUGGACCAGCUCAGCUAGUGGGACGACAGACUUUAGCAACUCCUGCCAUGGGAGAUAUUCAGAUUGGAAUGGUGGAUAAGAAAGGACAGUUAGAAGUGGAAGUCAUUAGAGCUCGAGGCCUAAUACAGAAGCCUGGCUCUAAAUCUACCCCAGCGCCAUAUGUCAAAGUGUACUUGCUUGAAAAUGGGGCAUGUGUAGCUAAGAAGAAAACAAGGAUUGCCAGGAAAACCCUUGAUCCCUUAUACCAACAGACGCUGGUUUUCGAUGACAAUUCACAUGGUAAAGUCCUUCAGGUGAUAGUAUGGGGAGAUUAUGGCCGAAUGGAUCACAAGUGUUUCAUGGGAGUUGCACAGAUCUUGUUAGAAGAACUUGAUUUAUCCAGUGUUGUAAUAGGCUGGUAUAAAUUAUUUCCACCUUCCUCCUUGGUAGAUCCAACGUUGACUCCUCUGACCCGCAGGGCUUCCCAGUCAUCUCUGGAAAGUUCAACUGGGCCUCCCUGUAUUCGAUCUUAA